UCCAGAAAAUGUAAACUUCCUGGGAGUGUCUACUUUCGUGCUUCUCGACCGAAACUGCCGAAACUGCAGAAGCAUGAUCAUCUCGCCAUGGAAGUCAUUACCUGUGAUAUGUUACUUAAUUAUAGUUACCUCAAGUCAUGCUGCAAACAUCUACGAUCAGCUCAAAUAUUUUGAAACUUUAAAGGUUAGCGAUCUGAGUCAUUCCAUCACAAAGCGAGGCACGCAGCCAAGCAAGCAUAAAUUCAACACAAUCAAAGAAGUAAGCUUCAGAGCCCAUGGCAGGGACUUUCGGCUCAUCCUCAACCCGACCAAAGGCUUGUUGUCAGCCCACUUUAAAGCGUACACAGUGGAUGGUUCUGGCAACAAGAGGCCUGUAUGGGUCGACCAGAAUCAGUUCUUUGAAGGCAGGGUGUUUGGGGAACUUGUCUCUAAUGUGAGUGCGCACAUUGAUGAAGGUGUUAUGACAGCGUCAAUACGUCUCAAGGACGACAUAUAUGUUGUUGAACCGUCAUGGAGGCACAUCCCUAAUGACCAUAAUGACACAAUGAUUGUGUACCGAGCAUCUGAUGUCAAGUACUCCUGGGAUCCAACACAGGGAGCCCAGUCUUUAACCAAGUACUGUGGCUAUGUCAAGGAGAAUGGAAAUGCCACGGAGGUUACCGGCGACCUGUCUGAAAACUUGAGCCACUGGAAUGAUGGAAGCAGCAUCACGUCUCAUGUCCAAAAGCGACAGGCAAUGGAACCCUACCACUGGGAACCUGUGCAGACCCGCUGUUCUCUUCUCCUUGUGGCUGACCACCGUUUCUAUGAAAACAUGGGGGGCCGUAACCUCAAGAGCACCAUUAAUUUCUUGAUAACCCUGAUCGAUCGAGUCAACAAGAUAUUCCUUGACACUGAAUGGCGAGACAGCGACCGCCAUCCUGGCUUUCGUGGAAUGGGCUUUGUCAUUCAAGAAGUGAUGGUACACACCGAACCAACACCUGUGCUUCGUAACGAAGUACAUUACAACAUGGCGGGUGUGACCUGGAAUGUCCGAGACCUUCUGGAGGUCUUCUCUCGCAGCCUGAACCACCGCUGGUUCUGCCUGGCACACUUGUUUACCGAUCAGAAGUUUGAAGGGGGCAUCCUGGGCCUUGCUUACGUGGGCUCCCCUCGCCGCAAUUCCGUGGGCGGCAUUUGCAGCCCUGGUUAUGUGAAAAAUGGCUACACAUUAUACCUCAACUCUGGUCUGAGCACGUCACGAAAUCAUUACGGACAACGAGUAAUCACAAGAGAAGCCGACCUGGUCACAGCGCACGAAUUUGGUCACAACUGGGGCAGUGAGCAUGACCCAGACCUGCCUGAAUGUUCUCCAGACUCUCAGCGAGGUGGAUCAUAUUUGAUGUACACUUAUUCUGUCAGUGGCUAUGACCCAAACAACAAGAAAUUCUCGCCUUGCAGUGUGCGUUCUAUCAGGGCAGUUUUGCUGGCAAAGGCAAGCAAGUGCUUCUCAAAGCCCGAAGAGUCGUUUUGUGGAAACUCAUUGGUGGAAGAAGGAGAACAAUGUGAUGCUGGCCUCAUUGGUAGCGAGGACAGCGACCCCUGCUGUGAUGAGGAAUGCCGGCUCAAGCCUAGCGCAAAGUGCAGUGACAGAAAUUCGCCCUGCUGCCGAAACUGUGACUAUUCCCAGAACGGGGCGUUGUGUCGGGAGGCACAACCCAAUGCUUGCAAAAAUGAAGCCUACUGCACUGGCAGAUCAGCAGAGUGCCCUCCAUCGCCACCACAGAAGGAUGACAGCCCUUGCUUGGACAAGGGCAAAUGCCGAGCAGGGGACUGCAUGCCAUACUGCGAGACAAGAGGAGAGGUUUCUUGCAUGUGCGACACAGAGGUGGAUGCGUGCAAGCGGUGCUGUCGACCUUCACACAAUGCCACCUGCAAGCCGACGGAACCAAUGGAAAUAUUGAGGGAUGGAACACCGUGCAUACACGGCUACUGUGAAAAGGGAAGAUGUGAAAAGACAGUUCAAGACAUUGUUGAAAGGUUUUGGGACAUUAUUGAGGACAUUGACAUCAACACAGUUUUGAAGUUUCUGAAUGACAACAUAGUGGGCACUGUCAUUGUGGUGUCCAUGAUUGUGUGGGUACCAGGAAGCUGUCUUAUCAGUUAUGUGGAUCACAAGAGGAGAGCAGAGUAUGAGAAGUCCAAAAAGACUUGCCGGAAACGUGAUAGUCUUCAGCCAUUUCGUCCGCCGUCAGACAGCAGCGUCAAAGUAGUCCAUAUUUCACGCCGGCAGCCACCUCCACAGCCAGAGCCGCAGCCACAGCCUCAGCCACAACCACGAACACAGCUGCCUUUGCAAACACCAUCAGAUGAGCAAGUCCUGGCUCCAACGCUGCGAUUGCCAAGCCGGGCUGCAACAAGUUCCGACUAUUGGCCGACGCCAAGCCCCUAUGCUAGCUCAGAAAGAGGCAGCAUGCACCCAUCGAGGUAUGAGGGACGCCUCUAUGCGAGACCGAGCAGUGUUACCGAAGGUGGCAACUACAGCAGGCACGACCCGUCUGACUACUACCACCACCAUCCUCUGCACACUCAGGGCUACGGGCGACCGAGUGCAGCAUCUGUCUCAUCUGAACGGCCUGGCAGCCGUUCGAGGCAACACAUUGAGAACUACACGGCCCUGUAGCUGGCAGUUGUGUUCAUUGUCAUUCACUUAUGCUUUUCUCAUAAUUUUUGUCCUGGUUUGAUUGAGAUGACUGAAGUGAUGUUACAUGUUUUUGGGAGAAAAAAAAAAAAAAGAAAGGACACCUAAUUUAUUUUACUCGGAUGGGAGACUUGGAGCAUUAAGAAAGCUCCCUGCCUGAGUAUGCAGCAUCGAAUAUAUAAGGGCUGGCAGAAACAAAAGCAGCUGAGCUCACUUGAUAUUCAAGGAGUGUUUGUGCUGUCCUGUUUACUUUCAUUGUGUUCCUCUUCUUGUUGCUUCUUCCACACGAAACCUGGAUGGUACACUGUCAUUAAGAAAUUACAAAGCUCAAAUGUAAGUGACUGACACAUCACAUUUGCACAUUUUGCAGUAUAUGGUGUACUUUCAGAAGAGCAAGCAAUGUAUGUGAACAGUGCGGCAACAGAUAUAAGCGCAUUCCCAUUCAGCUUGCAGUUUCCCUUUCGGCCCACUGAAUCUAUGUGGAUUUUUAGAGAAUGCGCAAAUUUUCUGUUUUGACCAUAAGUGUGAACUUGACAGUUCGUUUUGUGUACUGUGGAUGAGAAGUGAUUUUCUUAGCAGUGCCCUCUCUUUAAGCACUGCUGCAGUUCCUAAUGUAAAUGGCCUAAGCGACUACUUGUGUCAUUGGUUGUCUACUCUGCGGCUUGUGUGCAUCACAUGUAUGUCAUCUUCUUUUGCUGUAGCAAGGACGCAUUACUUGUAGGGGUGGACAAAUAUAAAACUCUUUAGGAAGGAGGUUAUAUAAACAGAAAUUGAAAAAAAAGGAAAUAGGGAAGUAAAUAGGAAAGAAAGAACAAGAUGACAGAUCACAAAGACUGAUGUAGAACAACGACAAAGAAAUGCAGAAGUAGGUAGGAGUAAACGCAAAGAAUUGUGUCUGCUCCCACAUUGCCAGCAAUAUAUUUGAUUUGUUUUGAAUAUUUAUAUCGUAUCAAGUAUUAAAAAAACUUCAAGUACAUGGUUUCUGAAUUGAAUACAAUAUUAAAACAUACCUAAUAUAUUUGGCUAGUAUGCAAAUUUUUCUAAUAUUUCCACGCUUCUAGUUACUUUGAAUGCCACUGCUGCAGAGUCGGAUCACCAGAUAAGCCUCACCAUGUUUCUUUUGUCUUCCUUUUUGUUGGAUGUUAGAGGUUUUCCUUUUUCUUCGAAUGACACUGAGUAGAUGCAUUUUUAACACAACUGACAAAACAUCUUGUCUUUACCUUGUGCCGACACUUAUUCAGGCUUAUAAAACUCGGAGUUGACAAGUGUGGACAGAUACUAUAGAGAGUGUUGACAAUAUGUACAGACAAACUUCAACCCAAAAAUUGUUCACCUCAGUAAAUAGCGGAAAAGAGCUUCUUGCUCCGAAAUCAAAUGUUUCAUUACCACACUGGGUAGAAGUUCACUAAGACGUUUAGUGUGUUAUGUAAGACAGGGAGCUACCACGGCAGAGGUGUUGCCACACAAAACAUAGAGAUGUAUAACAGCACAGUUCAGUUGUGUGUGUUUUUAACCAUGUUGGCGGUAUGUUUUAAAGACAAUCACUGAUUGUCUUACUCCAGAGAAACAGCUGUUUGGCAAAAGGAGUAAGGUAGGCACUGCCAGCCUCCAGUAAAACCUAUUCAUAUCAUCCUAAGUUUGUAUAUUUUAAAUGUUGGGAAGUCAGAAAAGUGCACUCCUUGCAUGCGGAAACAGUUCAUGUUGCCCAAUUCUUCAUUCAGCACUUUCUCCUUGCAGCCUUUUGAUUUUCACAUGCGAAAAAGCUUCAAGCAACUUUCAUUUAAGAUAUUGGAACAAAAUAUGUUAUGUAAACUUAAGAAAGAUAGAAUACUCCUGGCCUCCCUUCUCUGUGUUUUUAUCAGCAAUGUCAGGAGUGGGAGUGGAGGGGCUUGGGAAGUGGCUGCGUUUGCUUCUCUAUCUAACAGAGUUUUGGUAAAGCAGUGAAUGUCGUCCCCUCCCCCCUCCUCUAAGCACUUAUGAUGCCCCUUCAUUCAAUUCUUCGUUACAUUUUAUCGAUCUCUUUUCAUCAGAAUGCUAUCUGUUCUGUCAUGAAAGGUGGCAGCCAUCACUAUUGGCAAGUCUCUUUGUGCUGCAGAAAAGAGCACAUUCACAGACGUGUCAGCAAAAGAGAUUAAAAAAAAGGAAAAUUCUGUCUGGUUAUGCACAUUUGAAUAAGCAAUGCAGGCCUUGCAGGUGUUGCAUUAGGCUUGCUUUUGUACCUUCUACUAUGUUACAGGAGCACACAUAUGGUGACAAACAUGACAUAUUGAACAAGAAUUUCUUUAAUGAAAAGUAAGAACAUUUUAGUGUCUGCUCCAUUGCUAUUUUCAUCAGGUAUACAACAUAGCCAUUGAGAGUUUGGGUAUUUCUAAUCAUUUUACAAUGUCUUUUACCUUUAUCAUUAGUUUACAUGCUUCCUACUUUGUUCUGUUGUGCCAUUUGCAUGAAAACUUUGGUGAAGUUCAUUCUCCUGAAGGUGUGUAAAAUUUGUUUGGAAAUGUGAACCACAUACUUUGCUGUGUUUUACAAAGGGUAUACUUCUUUGGUUGUGAACUUUUAACCUAAUGUGCCAUGCUUAGUUUUAUUAGUGUUGUUUGACCAUUGGUUGUUAAGCAUAUUCCUACCAUUUUGUUCCCUUCUAAACUGAUGUGCUGACCUUUUGCGGCUUUGUUUCUUAUGUAUUUGAACAAAAUUGAUUGAAAUGUGUAUGACAACUUGACAGGUGCUUGUGUUUGAGCUAUUGAGGAGUUGUGAUUUUUAUUGAGCUCUGCUGCAUUGUGCAUUUUUGUUUAUUGUUGUGCACUGCUCAGUUUUGCAAAGACAGCAGAGCAUCCAUGUCUACGGUGGUUAUAUUGAUUUAAUGUUUGAACAUGUGUUUCAAGCCUUGUCAAUUUUUUCGCAAACAUGUACAUUCGUCAAGAAAUACUGAGGAGGAACGCUUGUUUUAUGCUCAUUGUUUUGCUCAUGUGUUCAUGUUGUGGUAACUUUGAUGUUGAGCGCUAUCUUCUUUUUUUUUUUCUCUAAAGGCCCUGUGCAGCAUCCCACUUUGUGUUUGGAGACAUGUAGUGUGCUUAGUGUCAGUCUUUGAUCAAGAUUCACCUGAGUUUAACGAAAACUUCAUGCUCUAUAUAAAACAGAUGCUUUUAGAAUAUGGCUGAUUGUGUUAAAAACAGAAACUGGCCAUCAUCGAUUACAACACUGCCUUGUUCUAAGCAGCUAUGGUAAUAGCUUUUGAGGCACUAUUCUUGCUUUUGAUAGUUACAAACCUAAGUGAUUGCUCUAGUCCAGGCCAACUGUGAAAUAACCUUUUUUUUAAUAAAACAACUUUAAUGGAAACAAGCCCAAAAAUUUGUGUUAAACGAGUGAAUUUUACAAGCAACUCUCGUAAAGCAGCAAGCCCAAAUUCCUGUAGCUGGUGACCUUGCCACUUCCUGUCAUUCAGUAUGCACCUGCCCCACUUCGUUGUGUUCACUUACUCAUUAUUUAUUGGUUUGUAGUCACCCUGAAUCAGCGAUUACAUGUAUUUUGAUUUGAAUUGUUCUAGUCAUGCUGGAAGUUCAAAAACGAUUAUGUCCUGAUGCAAGUGCUCAAAAUUCAAAAUAAAACCAUUUCCUCCUCCUC